GGUUUAACGUAGCACGAUCCAUUAGUCGCAUCAGAUUUAUUUAUUCGAAGGCGCCGUAGUUUGAAAAUUUCGUUUAACUUUUAAAUUGAGCUUUUUGUAUUGGAAAGUUGAGUUCGCUUAACGCACUAAUCAAGGACAACUGUGUACCUGUCUACAGCUGAGCGUUAUAUAAAUUUAAUAAAUAGAUUAAUUCAAUUGCCGAGCUUAUUAAAGUUCUUUUAAUGCGGCCGCCACGUGACUGCUUAAUAGCCGGAGCACAUGUCUGGGUUACACUUUAAAACGCGUAACAGUCCGUCUCAAAAGACGUCCCUGCGUUGGGGCGACUGCUGCAGUGUGUAAACUGAAUCGCUUAGUUUUUUAAACUAUAGUUCAAUUUGUUAUUACGGUUACGGUUACUUGGUGCUCUGUGAUCCACACACACACACACAAAACACGCUCGCAUAUAAAAUUGCUUAGAAAAUGUUGCAUAAGUUGAGGCGCAUUUGAUUGGCGCGCGCUUUGCUUGCUAAACCGACUUGGACAUAAUUUAACGCCUGCUUUGAACUUGGCUACGCGACAUAUAAACAUACAAACAUACAAGCAUCUAUAUAGAUUCGCACACACGCACACACUCACAUAUAUACAAACAAAUGAACGUAGCAGCAUAGUUAAGUCUCUGAACGCACGAAACUCUACAUAAAAGUAUUAAAACGCAGUAGCUGAGCAUUAACUGACUGCAGCAGGAUGAUUAAUGUGGCCGGUGUGGUGAGCAUUGUGCUCUUCUAUCUGCUCAUCUUGGUGGUGGGCAUCUGGGCUGGGCGCAAGAAGCAGGCGGGCAAUGAUUCCGAGGAGGAGGUGAUGCUUGCCGGUCGCUCGAUUGGUCUCUUCGUGGGCAUAUUUACAAUGACGGCUACCUGGGUGGGUGGUGGCUAUAUUAAUGGCACCGCAGAAGCUAUUUACACCCAGGGUUUGGUCUGGUGUCAGGCGCCAUUCGGCUACGCGCUCAGCUUGGUGUUUGGUGGCAUUUUCUUUGCGAAUCCUAUGCGCAAACAGGGCUAUAUAACCAUGUUGGAUCCGCUGCAGGAUUCGUUUGGCGAGCGCAUGGGCGGUCUGCUCUUUCUGCCGGCGCUUUGCGGCGAGGUCUUCUGGGCAGCGGGCAUUCUAGCGGCGCUGGGCGCUACGCUGUCCGUCAUUAUUGACAUGGAUCAUCGCACUUCGGUCAUUCUCUCCUCCUGCAUUGCCAUAUUCUAUACGCUCUUUGGCGGUCUCUACUCUGUGGCGUAUACCGACGUCAUACAGCUGUUUUGCAUUUUUAUUGGACUCUGGAUGUGCAUACCCUUUGCCUGGAGCAACGAGCAUGUGCGCAGCUUGAGCGACAUGGAUGUGGACUGGAUUGGUCAUGUGGAGCCGAAGCAACGCUGGUUCUACAUAGACUACGGCCUGCUGCUUAUCUUUGGCGGCAUACCCUGGCAGGUUUACUUCCAGCGCGUGCUCUCCAGCAAAACCGCUGGGCGGGCACAGCUGUUGUCCUAUGUGGCUGCCGCUGGCUGCAUACUGAUGGCUAUACCGCCAGUUCUGAUUGGCGCCAUAGCCAAGGCAACGCCAUGGAAUGAAACCGACUACAAGGGUCCCUAUCCGCUGACCAUUGAUGAGACCAGCAUGAUAUUGCCCAUGGUGCUGCAGUAUUUGACGCCCGACUUUGUUUCGUUCUUUGGCUUGGGCGCUGUCUCGGCUGCUGUCAUGUCCUCUGCUGAUUCUUCGGUGCUGUCCGCCGCCUCCAUGUUUGCACGCAAUGUCUACAAAUUGAUUUUCCGUCAGAAGGCUUCCGAAAUGGAAAUCAUUUGGGUGAUGCGCGUGGCCAUUAUAGUCGUCGGCAUACUGGCCACCAUUAUGGCCCUCACCAUACCCUCGAUCUACGGCUUGUGGUCCAUGUGCUCCGACCUGGUCUACGUCAUACUCUUCCCGCAGCUGCUGAUGGUGGUGCACUUCAAGAAGCACUGCAAUACCUACGGCAGUCUGGCGGCCUACUUGGUGGCGUUGCUCAUACGUCUCUCAGGUGGAGAAGCUAUGCUAGGACUGCCUGCUUUGAUAGAGUUUCCGGGCUAUGAUGAGGAGACCAAAACGCAGCUGUUUCCGUUUCGCACAAUGGCCAUGUUGAUGAGCCUUGUCACGCUGGUGUUUGUCUCCUGGUGGACCAAAAUGAUGUUCGAGUCCGGCAAACUGCCGCCGAGUUAUGACUAUUUCCGCUGUGUGGUCAACAUACCAGAGGAUGUGCAGCGUGUGGGCGAUCCAUCUGAGUCUGGGGAACAGCUCUCUGUUAUGGCGGGUCCUUUAGCGCGUUGCUAUGGCGCUGCAACUAUGGCAGGCAAAGAUGAAAGCAAUGGACGCAUUAAUCCCGCACUGGAGCCCGACGAUGAUGAACCUGUAGCCGAAGCUCUACGCAUCAAUCAGCAGACAGCCCACGCACAGGUGCAGAAAAUGCUGGAGAAGGCGGGCGCAGGUGGCGGUGGCGGCCAAAGUCAAGCCAUGCCCACCAUGCCCACUCCGGUGCAGGAUAACACGGCCUUCUGAGCCAGAGUUUCAACGACAAAGUUUCAGGACUUUUAGAAAUUGCGUAUGCUAAAAAAGUUUUCAGCAGGGCUUAUUAGAAGUUUCAAGGACCUCACACAUACAAAUAGACAAACAAAUAUUUUCAGCGUACGUUAAACACACAAGUGCUCAGGUAUAUAAAAAGUGCGAGUAAAGUUUAUAAUUAAGUUGCCAAUAAUCAGUUUUACUUUGUUAUUCAGUUUGCUUAAGUACAACUAAUAUGAAAUUAUUUGUUUUGUUUGCAUAUUUAUAGCAAGUCAAGUAUAUAUAAUGGAAAAAUCGUUAAACAUAUCAAUGUCAAAAACUGAACGUAAACGUAAACAUAUCAAUUGCAUUUUCGAUCUUAAACCAGAAUUUGCAUAUACUACGUGUUAAUCUAUAGAUGUUAAAAAGUAUUUUGUUAAAGUUGCACAUGUAAUUGGCAAAAGUUUAAUCGACAGUCCUAUUUAUUUACAUAGGUGCAUAUAAUGUAAGUCAUGUGUCCUUCCAAAAACCACAAAACCAACUAAAAGAUAAGAUACGAAAAGUAAAGAAGAAUCAAAGCUGAUCGAAACGUACGAAAAAAUAACGAAUACAUAUCAUUUAUGCAACUGAGAGAUAUUCUUCUAUAUACACACACACAUACAUACACGCAUAUAUACUGGAUUAGCCAUACGACAAAUAUAUAUAUAUACAUAGCUGUCUAAGUAAAUAAAAUAUUAUAUAUAGGCAAUGAAUUUUAGCUGGCUCUUAAAGAGCAAAAAUAACCAAAAUGAAAACUAUAACUUAAAAACUAACAAAAUAUAAAUGUUAUGUACCUAAUACAUAAGCAGCAUAGAGUGCUGCUUGCAAAAUCUCGUUUAAUGAAUUAUAGAUUGUUUGCUUAACAAUUAAAUGAGAUUUUAAAGCAGCACUGCUCUGAUGCUGAUAUUUAUAUAAAUAUACAUAUAUAGAGAGAUACACUAAAUUUUGAAUGUUAUAUACCCAACUGAAGCCCCAAUAUGAUUGAUUGCGUGGGAUCGAUUGAGAAAAACACGCGUUGCCUAAUUCUAAACCUUAACUAAACAGAAACCUGCCUAAAAACAAAAUUCACUUUUGCAUUGUCAAAGUUUAAAUGUUUCAAAUGUUUUUACAUUAAAAGUUACUCGUUUAUUGAUUUUGUGUCAAGUUUGUUCCAAUUUAUAAUUCAACAUAUAGUAUAUAUAUAUAAAUGUUUAUUCAGUGAAUGCAGCACUUGCUCGUUAAACUAAUGCAUUAACUAAAUGCGAGUGGGUCAAACUACUUUAAACAUAAAUGUUGACUGCUUUUUGUUGUACUGGGCUGCAAAGUUUUUAAGGCGGAAUACUCAAAGAUCAUUAUCAAAUAUAUAUUUAUAUACAUACACACACACACAUAUACAUAC